UGGGUUUUGAGCACGUGGACAGGCAUGUCACCGAGGUCAUGACAUGCUGGAUCGGAGGUGUUGUGGCGACGCAAUUCAAAGAGCUCAUUCACGAAAGCCGGAGGUCAAUCUGCUGGCGCCGUCUGCCGUGGCGCGUGCGGUGUGGACACAUGCAGUGCUUCACCGGGCAGCGGGACUUCGGAGAAACAGAACAAACUGCGGAGUAUGAGGAUUGCUUUGUGGAACACCUUGCGGCGAUGAUCGUUUUGUGGCUCAGAUUCAGCGACGGGUUUCUGGAGUGCCCACAUAACUGGAUUUAAAGUUGAUAUACUAUAAAAAGUCAGUAAUGUGUAUAGAAUGUUUCAGAUUUCGUUUUCAAUGGCAAAUUGUUGGACCUGUGGACAACAUUAUAGACUCAGACUUCGAACCUGGGCAUUCGCCCUGAUGGCUUGAGGGGUCGUCAGCCGUGGGGUCGUCAGAUGUUAGGUGGACGUCCAACUCAGCUUCGCAUGAUUUGAUGUAUCAAUGGACCUGGGAUCUGGCUGGCAAGCCCUGGCUGACAGUGGCCAGUGUCAGAGUUGGGCGAGGCAGAAGCAUAAUAUAGAGCGUCAUCAACUUGACUUGAAGCAAAUUAAUCGACAAGCCGAUGUGGAUGUUGGUCUUGGUGUUUUUUUGGCCACAUGAACGUGGUGAACGUGUUCUUUUGCGCGCUUUCUGCGAAAACCGUUUGCCCCACUUUGCCAUGGGGGACAAAAACAACACGGUGCAUUUGUGCCUCUCGGCCUUUGCGGCUUGGGCAAAAACCCGGUGUUCAACUACGAUUCCGUCGAUGAGACUCUCAGCUGUUUGGCAGUUCCACGUGGACCGUUCGUUGUUUUUUGGGGCUGCUGUUGGCAGCCCGCACGUGCCACAUGGCAGUGGAUCAACUAGCAUUGCGUGCAUGUGCAGGAAUCCUUGGGAACAGCGGGGCGUAGCAGGGCAGAUCAACUAGAGCCGCAUGGGCCUAAUUACAGAGUAUUGCUUGCAUGUGCAACAGCUGUUGCUCAAGGAUUUGGAUGGCACUGGCAAAGUUUUUUGGCUCAAGGGGACUGUGGCGCACAGUUGGAUGGUUC